UUGUAACUUGUCUCUUUAGCAAAGAUCUGGCCAUUUGAAAACUGAAAUGUUGAACACCUGUCUGAUACUGCUGACAGUGGCUACCACCACAGUUGUGGGCCUAAAUAUAGAAGCCACGCCUAGAACAGUGGAACCUGGGGUCACCAGGUACCUGACCAUCAAAUGUCUGGCACCAAAAGAGAGCACAUCGUCCAUGGAGAGCCUGAUCUCGUUGGUCAUCUCUAGAUCAGACGGUCCCCAAAAUGCCAUUUUCAAAGAACUCGCGUCAAUUAACGUUUUUCAUGUAGACGGUCAGGUCAUCCACAACGUCAAAGACAACGAAACAUCGGAAGGGAAAAUUGACAACAACGGUCUUUCAUACUUGACUCUAGUGUGGGAAUUCCCGGACACAAACAAAGCCGGAAUGUAUAUGUGUCAAGCUAAUGGUGUGGAUUUUUCCGGUCAUCCUGUUGUUAUAAAUACUACAGUCACCAUUCAGUCGGCUUAUCCUGGAGUGGACACAAUAGUAAAACAAGUCAGAAACUUGACCAUUCAAGUUGAGCAAAUGAACAUUUUACUAAACGGUGUUGAAAACUUCAGAGAAAUGUGGAUUGAUCGUUUAAAGAGAAUGAAAAGUGUUAUAUUUAGCUCGAAUUCGUUCUUCAAUGGUCAUCGCUAUUAUUUAUCUCACGCACACGAUACAAUAAUCGUACACGAAGUAUCAGCUGUCUGCGAAAUGUUUGGUGGUUAUUUGGUUGAAAUAGACUCCACAGAUGAAUUUACAUUUCUGGGUACAUUUCUGAAUAACCAUACAGAAUUCAAAUGGGUGUUUACUGGCGUUAAUGAUGAACAAAUUGAAAACCAAUGGGUCAACAAGAAUGCAGGCACUGUAGCUUCAAGUUACUUUCAGUUUUAUCCUGGUGAACCCAACGGCGGUCGUGGAGAGAACUGUUUGAGUGUAGACCACAGUAGUGGAUGGUCGAUGAUUGAUCUUCCAUGUAUCUUUAAAUGGAUUGCAUUUGGGUUAGGUUUUAUUUGCGAAAUUCCAGAGUAA